AUGAAAAUAAAUCCUCUUUUGUUCAGGACUUACUGGUUUCAUGCAAUUCCCCAGAAAUUUCAGUUUACUUGCCGAAGAUGGGCGUCAAAGCAUUUGAAAGGAAAUAGCAAUACCUGGAUAGUCAGUGAAAAUGAUAUAAAAAAAUAUUCUCUUGAAUACAAACGGCAAGGGGAGAGUGAUCUUUAUAUGAUCAAUCAACAGCAUGAACGUUCGCAAGUGAGAUAUAAUAAAUUACCAUUGCAUGAAAGUGUGAAGCAAGGAAUAUCAGUUAAUUUUCCUGAAAUAAAAUAUUUUACACCUGUCCAAAUACGCAUUCUACGUGCCGCUUUAAUGAAUCGCUUUCCUUUUAUGGUACGCGCAUGGAACGGGUCAGUAAUGUCUUUUUAUUACCAAUUUUUGGACAAGUUUACCAAUGAAACCGAGCAUGGGUGUCAAGUUCUCAUCGUGGUACCAAACAAAAAUCUUGCUCAGCAAUACCAAGCGUGGAUAGAAAAGCUUGCAACGGGGGAACCUAUGCAAGAACCCCUACAAAAGAUUUCACAGAUUUUGGAGGUCUCCUUGUUUGGCCUUGAGGCAAUCAAGCGAGACCUUCCGUUUCUACUCAUUGCUGACUACAAAGAUUUGGAACGCUUGAAAGGGUUGAACCAUCCAAUUUUGGACCACAUCCUUCCAAAUCUAAAGACUAUUAUUUUUGAUGAAUCGGACCUUUACAUUCCAACGGAAGGGAGACAGCGUCGUUUAGCGGCUCCAGAGCCACGUAUUGCGGCCACUUCACUCUCUUCUUUCAUCCAGCUUUGCAGAGAACGCUCUUUGAGCUCGAGAAUUAAUAAAGAGCUUUCUGAGGUAGAACGCCAGAAAAAAAUGAAAAGCGGCAGCUGGUUGCCGAAUCUCAUUUUUUUAUCUGCUACAAAUUCUUAUCCAUGUGCUGAUUUUGUUGGUAAGAAAAUUACAAACCAACUCGGUAUCAUUGGGAUCCAUCGUAAAAUUCCACCCUACUGGAAUUUUAAUUCCACGCAGAAGAUACAACACUUGCUGAUCGAAGUUACGAAAGAUCAACGGACAGGUUCUCUGCGGCUUGAAGAUAUUCAAUAUGAGUAUGCUAGAAACCCUAAUUAUUAUUUGUCUGUUGGUGAUUCACCCCUGUCUUAUGAGAAUAUUGAAGUAUCGGCUGACAUGUUUGUCGAAUCCGUUCGAAAAACUCUAGCUGAGCUCUACAAAGACUAUCGUUCGAGAUACGCUCCUAGAAAAAAUAUAUUUAUUACAAUUCCAAGAGAGUUUGACCCAUCAUGGUUUUGCAAACGAUAUCAACGAAUUGGUACGACUCCACUGCGAUCAUUUGAGUGCUAUCCUCUUAAAGGGGAAGCCAUUCCGGAGAGUCAUAAGCAAAAGCAGAUUGCUUAUGUGGUAAAUGCUUCUGAGACAAGAGGUCUCUAUGUUCCUGAGGUAGGCCACGUAUUUCACCUGUGGAGUACAUUGUCGGCUGCUUCAUAUUUGAACAUUUCUGGGAGAAUUAGUUAUUUAAAUAGAGAAGGCCUGGUGCUUAACUACUUGUUACCGGGCUUUCUAAAAAGUCGGGAUUUUCAAAAACUAAAUUGUUCCAGAAGCGCUCUGUUAGUGCUGCAACGUGUUGGUAUUCGGCCUAAACAAUUUUUUGAAACAUAA